CUAAAACCUGUUUCCUUUCUCUGGCACAGAUAAAAAUCACCGGCAGUCGGGCACAUUUCUACAGGUUCAUUGCGAAAGCAGCAGCUGAAGGGGAAGAGACUUCUGUGAGGAACAUUUGAGAGACAUUGCCCAGCUCUUACAAACCAUCAGGAUGAGGGAGGUAUACUUGGUGCUGUUUUUAAUGUUCUUGGAACGGGGAAGCACAGAAGCCAAUGCAACUGUUCGGACCCUGGACGUACCUGUGGACCACAAAGUGGAAACAAACCACCUUAACCUGAAUUCUACUGAAACACAGAACUUCAGACAUGGAGCAGCAACUCCUGCACUCCCCACUGCAGAAAAUCCAGUCGCUUUAGUGAAUACAAGCCAUGAGGAUGAGGUAAGACAUAGCCUUCCGCAACCCACAAAGGCAUCUCUAGGAUUACAAACUCCGUCAGAGACACAGGAGGAGAAUCCAUCAACCCCUACAAUCCCCAAAGGAAGAAUCAAUGAUACUGGCAUUCCAAAUGCUAAGACACCCGUUCUUCCUAACAAUACAGGGAUCUCUUCGCAAAGCCAACCUAGAAGAGGCCCUCUUCAAAGUGAAGGUCUUAAGAUCCAGAAAGGAGCUACAGGGAACAGAUCUUCAAGGCAAUCGGACUAUACCAACAGCAAGACACCCAGCUUUGAAACAACCAGGGGAAAGAAUUGGUGUGCUUAUGUUCACACAAGGCUGCAGCCUACUAUAGUAGUCGACAACUUGGAAAACUAUGCAUCAGGCAGAACCAAAUCAUGCAGCUGGAUUAGCGGACCCUGCGGAUCAAGCUCUCACUCAAGGACUCACCAAGCUUACCGGAUCAAACACAUGAUUGUGACUUCACUGGAGUGGAAGUGCUGCCCCGGAUACAGCGGACAAACUUGCCAGCCCAAAGCCCAACAGGAUCAAUUGCUUAUACACAGCAACCAGGCCGAAAGCAACGCAGUUGUCAACGCGGGAACGCUGGGAAACCGACUGACGUCUCAGCAGCAGCAGGAUCUCAGCAACCCAGCAAUUGCACAAAAAAUGAAUGAGCAGCUUAGCAGCCAGGAGAUGAAACUGACUUCCCUACAGAAGAAGGUUGACAACAUUUCGGUCGUCAUGAGUGAUGUGAGCAAGACGCUCUCCUCUCUGGAAGGCAAAAUCAAUGAAGAUAAGGGCAGAGACUUGCAGGCGUUUCUAAAAGGUCUCAAGUCCAAAAGCAUUGAGGAGCUAGUGAAAGAGAUUGUGAAAGAUCAGAUCAAAGUCUUCCAAAAUGACAUGCAAGAGACUCUAGCCCAGAUUUUCAAGAUGAUGUCUGAUCUAUCUGAAAAUCUUGAGAGUACCAAAGCACUGGUCAAAGGUUUGAACGGAACUCAACAAAAAUUUGCCUUUGAAAUAGAAAAUAGGCCUGCAAAGACGGAAAUCCUAAAGAUAAAGUCCCAGAUCCUGCACAUCGAGGAAGAGAUAAGCAUUACAUGUGAUCUGCCAGUCAGAGAUUUGCAGGAAAAGCAGAAGGCCAUGGAAGUCGCCUUGGAGCAUCAAAGUUCAAAGAGUGAUAUUUACUAUGAAUCCCUGAACAAGACUCUGAACCAAAUGAAAGAGGUUCAUGAGCAGCUGUUAUCAGCUGAAAGGGUCUCAGAUCAAAACAUCCCUACUGCAACAGGUGAAUCAGUGAGCGAUAACAUUACAAAUUACAUCACUGGUCUACACGAGAAAGUGAAAACCCAGAAUCUCAUGGUUUUGCAGUUAUAUGAUGACCUCAGAGUCCAAGACAGUAAGAUCAACAACCUCACUCUAGCACUGGAGAUCCAGAAAGACUCCUUACCGGGAGCAUUUGAUGAAAUAUUUACUAAGUGCCAGAAGGAAUUCCAAAAACACCUGAAGGGAGCAGAAGACAACGUGCUUACUUUAAACAGAACAAUGGUAAACCUUGUGCUUCCUUUGGAUGAUAAGAUGGACAAAAUGACAGAGCAAAUUAAUGACCUCUGUUACGACAUGGAGAUCCUCCAGCCUUUGAUUGAGCAAGGAGUGCCCUUUAGCCUUCCCUCAGAUGAUGAGCAGCAGAUUGAAAGAGAGGCUAUAAACAGAAAGCUGGAAAAUUUAACCAGUGUUGUUACAGGUUUGAGUUCCACCAUCAAAGAACUCACCCAAAGCCAAAAGGAGCUUAAAAGUGAAGCCCAAGUUUACAAGGAAGAAUCUGAGAGGCGAAUUAAUGAAUGUUUUGUUUUAAUGGAAGAUGGCUUAAACAAGACCAUGGUGGUGAUGAACAGUGCCGUCGAUUCUAUUCAGGAUAAUUACGUCAUGAAGGAAACACUAGGCACUUUGAGGAACGAAACGACAGCUUGCUGUCAUGGAGCAGAGAACAUAGAAAGAAUAUUGACGUGGAUACCUCAGUUCCAACAGAUGAACAAAUCCCUUCAGUUACUAGUCAAUGAGAAUCAGAAACGUGACUUUGUUACGAGGACUGUGCCUUUUUCAGAUUCCUCAUCAGGUGGACAGGACAGAAUAAGGUUCCCUGAUCUCAACCAAGUCCAUCAAGUCUGGAACACAACAACAUUGUCAAAUACACAACAUGACCAAGAUACUGGUCGCCAGGAAGAGCAGCUCUUGCACCCAAUGCAGGAGCGUGAAGAUCAUGAGGUUCGCCUUCAGGCUGUGGAAGCAAAAAUAGCCAAGUUUUUGGCAAACAACUGUGUCACAGCGCGACACGUCAAAGCCGCUUUAUCCGAAAAGGACAAAGUGCUCUCUGGUCAGUUCCAGGCCCUGAGUUCCAGAAUCAAAGCACUGGAGGUAAAAUCCAUCCGUGUCUCUGUGAGCAUCCCUUUCUUAAACAAGACGGCUUAUGAAGCCCGCAGCUUGUGUCGCGAUGUGUCUGCAAGAAUCCAAGAGGUCAAUGCCAGCAUUCCCGUGCUAAUGCAAGUAGCCCACCCAGAUAUUGUGCUAUUUCAGAAAGGCUUGCAAGAGUUUGCUGAAUCUGUGCUGGAGAUAAAAACAGGAACAAUCUUAUCUAAUCUAACUGGCUAUAUAGACAAGUGCCUUAAUGAUGCUGUAUAUAAUAUUACCAAACGCCUGAAACCAGCUCCUCCAGUUGUAAAAAAGCCGGUAACCGUAAAAAAGACCGCAGUGAACACAACCAGCCUGUCUGGACGGAGUCAGAGAAACACCGAUACUGCUUCAGAUCCAGGUGAUUAUUUGAGCUGCAGUAGCUCGCCUUGCCAAAAUGGAGGGACCUGUGUCAAUGAAAGGAAGGGCUUCAUCUGUGCUUGCCGCUAUCCCUUCAUAGGAGCCACCUGCAGCACAAAGAUGAUGGAGGAAAAUGCUGCUGCCAUAGACUUCUCAAAGGGAUCGUACAGGUUUGCACCGAUGGUGGCUUUUUUUGCUUCGCACACCUACGGGAUGAACACUCCUGGCCCUAUUCGGUUUAACAACCUGGACGUGAACUACGGCUCCUCCUACGUCCCAUCAAAUGGAAAGUUCCGCGUGCCGUAUCUUGGCGUUUACGUUUUCGAAUACACGAUCGAGUCACGCAGCCCACGCCUUUCCGGCUACUUAGUGGUUGACGGGAUAGACAAACUGGCUUUCCAGUCUGAAAACCUAAUAAAUGAUGAGAGAAGCAUCUCAUGGACAGCGAUGUGCGUUACCGGCGUAUGGCCCCUUUACUGGGAACCUCGAACGGUAAAUGGUCAAGAGGUCUGGCUCAGGCUGGCGACCGGAUCCAUCCCAGCCAAAUAUCCACCUGUAACUACAUUUACUGGGUACUUGCUGUACCGUACAUAAUCCAGUUGCACAAAAUAGCCUUCCUCCACAAAGGAGGUGCUUUACUUUUGCUUCAAAGUUCUCCUUCUACCACAGCAAUCUCAUUCAGAGUCGCCCCAUUUCCCUCAAAACGGCACUUGUGUUUUCAAAAGGCAGAAAAUAGAACGGCCAAAUCUUUUCCAUCGCUGUAAUUUCAUGAGGAAAAGGAGUUUUUAUAUCCUCCUGCCGCUAUGAAAAGCCGAGGAGCCCUCAUGGAAAGUGUCAACCUUUAUCUCAUUAGAUGCAGCUCAAACUUCCAAAUUUCCCAGCUAUACCAACUCCUCUUCCGCUGAAUCAUUGGAAGUCUUUAUAAAUAGCUCUUCGGUCUACCCAGGCACCUCAUUAGUUAGAUGUAUAUCUGCAGCCCUACCUAGAUGAUUGCACUGGUGCCAAAAAAGUGCUGCGGCUUAUUAAUGUCAUCAGCAUUGUGCCGUGAAUUUGAUUUCAGUAGCUGACACUGGUCAGCAAUAAUUGGAUUUAGGGUGCUCAUACACUACUAAGAUCAGGAUGCCUUUGUUCCCAUUUCUGGAAACUGUUAUGGAGAAAUAGAGGGUCCGUAGAGAGCAGUCUUGCCCACACGGAUGGUUCACAUACAUCACAUGUUUGCAGAGGCGUAGCUUCAAGGGGGACAGUGCGCAACACACGGGGCAUGUGCCCCUGUGGGGUCAGGGCGGGAGCAUUCCAGGGCGGGGGCAGAGGAUUCACCAGUGCACUGGGCACUUUUCCCCCUUGCUACACCUGUGCAUGUUUGCAUCACAGAGAGCUUCUUCUAUGCCCCUGAGUGUAAAGUGGACUAAAGGUAAAGUUUCCCCUUCAGUCAUGUUCGACCCUGUACCACUGCGAGCAGUGAUUUUAUACGUAAGCCUCUUUGUGGAGUAGUUUGCCAUUGCUUUCCCUGGCUAUUCUU